GGACUGCUGCGGGUGGCACGAGUCCGACGGGUCGGGAACACUUCUACCAUCAACUGCUUCGGGACUCGCGUGAUCAGUCCUCAGCGUGGGGGACUAGUACGUCUUCAAUCGGAUGAGCUGAAUGCCAUUCUCGAACGUCCUAUUGUCCUCACGAAGUCGGCGGCAACUCGUAUCACGCCGUUGCUGGCUGCCGGGCUGGAUUGUCAUGCACCGAGUUCAGACCGGACAUACGUGUAAUCUUCUGGUGGCGAAAUAGUUCUGAACGAGAUCAUCAGUACACAUGGACGGGGCUCUAGUUGAUAGACGAGGAGUGGUGCAACCUCAGAAACGAACCCGGAGGGAUUAUGAUGAGGUGACUGCCACGCGAGCGACCUUCGUUGCCACUGCACGCGGUAGACCAAGUGAUCAGGUGGCAUUUGCUCGCGGUGCUGAUCUCGAUUACAAUCGGGCUGGUUGGCGUGGUUCCGACGGGCUUGGAGGUGCUGGCGAUAUGUUGCCCUAUGGAGCUGGUGAGCUUGGAAUGAGUGGUGCCCGUGGAAUGGGACUUGAUGGUCCGGGCAUGGGCGUGGGAAUGGGUAUGGGAGUGAUGGGAGGACUUGCGGAUGAUGGGCUGAUGGGACCUCCACUGCGUGAUGCUGGUCUCCGGGGAAUGGGGAUGGAUAUGGGCAUGGGGCAGAGGGUCGCGGCCCUUAAUGGGAUUGGUUUGGAGCAUGAAGGUGCUCUCGGCCUUAGAGGGGGUCUGGCAAUGGACCCUGGACUUCCGGAGAAUGCAUCAGCAACGCUGUACGUCGAGGGAGUGCCUGCUGACUGUUCGAAGAGGGAAGCAGCUCACAUUUUCCGGCCGUUCAUUGGUUUCCAAGGGCUGCGUCUUGUGCACAGAGAAUCAAAGAGGGAAUCUGGUGAUAAGAUUGUUCUCUGCUUCGUGGAGUUUGUGAAUCCUCAAUGUGCUGCAACGGCUAUGGAUGCUCUUCAGGGGUACAAGUUUGACGAAGCAGAGUCUGGAGAUUCCCAUGUUCUCCGACUUGACUUUGCACGACAUGCUGGGCCUAGGAGUGCAGCGGAACGCCGCAGGAGUGGUGAUGACCGUGGUGCAAGAGGUAGCUCUCGUCGGUGAAGCAGAUGACUGCACGAUUACAUGAUGGAAACGUUGCUAUAUGCGAAGACCAGUCCGCAGGACACGUUGGGAACGCGAAGAAGGAAAGGAUCGUAAGCGGCAUAUCAACCUAAGGACGUACGGCGUAUACAUUAGCUGCAGGGAUCCCGCCUUGAAAGUGUGGCCGUAAUCCGCUAAGCCGUAAUCAGCCCACCACUCUUUUUAACGUAUUCGACAUCACCCCUAGGAACAGGCAUGUGUGUUUCAAGUCAGGUACUCUCUUCCUCGAGCGAGUGACCCAGAGCAGAGUCACAUUUCAGCGUACCGAUCAUCCUCAUCAUAUUCGUGUAUUUCAUGCGGGGCAUGCCGUUCUUUGUUUGCCCGCUUUUCGUUUGUCUCUGAAUACGGACCCAUCUGUUAACCCCUUUACAUUCUCCCUUUAGGUGGUAUAUUCGCUGGCAGGCGAUGAGAUAUGGUGGCUCUUGCUGCCCUUGUGCCUUGGAUCUGCUCGUCUUGUUCUCGUACCCAUGUUUUGUGAUGCGUCAGAGACGAGUAGGGUGAGCCAAUUUCGCAGAUGGUAUUAUUUGGUCAUAGAAAACAUCACCGUAUGUAGUUCUACGCUUGUUACGAAGGAUUCGAGUUUUUUGCAGCUGGCAAGGGUGACAAAUCUUUUGUAUAUCGGAUGGAGAGCUCUCCAGGCUAUGCGUAUGCGGUCGUGGUCGUUGUCUUUUUUGGCUGCGUCCUUGUUUGGAAUUCUGACGUAUUUACGUGGAAUGCCGGGUAGAGAGGGAGAUGAUGCCAUACGGUCUGUCUGUUGCGGUCAACAAGAAAUGGCUGCGAGUGGUCGUGUCGUAAUCAUUAGCUUUGUCGUGUACUCUGCGAUGCUGUACGGAAAAGAAACACGCCGUGAAAAGACUUCAGAAGAGUCGGGAUCUGUAGGCCAUGGCUGUGGGAGCAGUGAUUUUCCUUUCAAAUAGGUCUCUCAAACUGUACGUCAUGCUUGCUGUGUCGUUUUGUGCCACCUUUUUUUUUCUUUUUUUUGUUGGUGGUUUUCGAGUCGGUUGUUCUGUACUGUCUGCGGCAGCCUUUUUUUGGGAUUAUCCGGUGUUUUUAUCUGCGAAUGUGAAACAUCACCGUCGUGAUAUGGGCGUUAGUCUUGACUUGUGUUUUUUUUUUUUGCGUCCCUAAUGUGCCACGUUGCAUGGUUGUUUCGGUCGUAUGCAUGUCAUUUUCAGUAGCCUGAGCUCUCGUAUGUUGGAGUUUGCUCUUCUGCACCUCGUUGGCAGGGUGCCGUCCUUGCUCUUUUUCGAAUCUACGGAUCUAGUUUGUUUGCUUGGAACGUUUCUGGUCUGGUUAUGCCACGUUGAUUUGUAUUAACGCGUUCGAGAAGUGCAGCAGUCGGCGCUACCGAGUAUGCAGGGCACUCGCUUUCCUUCGUGAACAAGACCAGUGCUGCUGCACUUUUCGACGACCGCCUGACCUUGUACUGCGAACAACACUUAAUGAUCGUGUCAGAUUAUACACCAGCGACAACGGUGCAGUAUUGCAAAGAAAUCGUCAUUUAACAUCAACCUCGCUCUGACAAUGUCUUGGGCUGCUAUCAUCAUUGGGUUCAGCUUUCCUCUGGCCACGCUUUCGUAUUGCGAACAAUGUGAUGUAAUCAUCAUGCGAAGGUUAUGGUUUGCCUGCCUCUGGAAGUGUGACCGAACUGAUGCUUCUGGCACAGAGAACGGCUAUAUCUGUGCACCUCAUCUUCGCCCAUAGACGUUGUUCCCCUAAGAAUAUGGUGAUGAUUAUCGAGACUUCCCUGAUGCAGAGCAGCCAAUCCGUCGUAAUGAACAUGCAGGUGAAAGGAAAUUAUCGAGACUUCCCUGAUGCAGAGCAGCCAAUCCGUCGUAAUGAACAUGCAGGUGAAAGGAAUCAAGAAAGCAAUGAGCCAUCAUCGCAAGGCUUAGAGGUUGUCACUCGUAACGGUGUGUCGUAUUCCUUCGUCGACUAUGUUCUUUCGUAAACGAUCAAGACAAGCUGACACGGUGACGCAACUCUGCACACAUGCAUGAGCUCCCUAAUGAAGAUACGUAUCUAAACAGUUAGGUGUGCACAAACGUUGGGCGAUGUGGUUUGUCCAAUCGCAAGUCAUAUGCAUUACGGACUGUGGAGGUUUGUGCUGUGGGGGCGUAUGCUAAAGAUCGGAAGCACUCUUGUCUCGCCUUUUUCUCAUCCACAGACUGAGUUUGCUCAAAGAGAUGAGGGGUUGCGUUCGUUCGUGCCAUUCGACCUCCCAUGGGAGGAGAAAGGGCCUGUGUUGAUUCUUGCCCAUGAGUGGCAUAAGUAAAACUGCCCCCUAAAAGAAUGUUUGUGCAGAUGGGGCAUUAAGCCAGCAGUACACAGCCCCAGCCUUGCAGAAAAUGAACGUGUCCCGACCGA